UCACUCUCUAAGCCGAGAAUUUGUAUCCUGAAGACCCGGUUCAGUGAUACGUGACCGGUCCGAGCUUCAUAAACAAACUGGCUUGCAUUUUCUGCUGGUUUUGGCGAAGGACAUGAGAGUCCAGUCUUCCUUAGCUUCCAGGGCUUCACCUGCAAUCAGAAACCUACCCGAAGAAGCUUGGAAUAAGCACAAACUUCAGAGGGAUUCUCCAUCAAAGGUUAAAUCCAAAGGACUCACUAACUUUGAAGCUCCUUCAAGAGGUAACCCUUCUCCACUAAACUCUCAGUUCAGAAACCCCAACUUAGUUUCCAUUUCAAAGACUCCCAUUUCAGCUCAUAAACGCAAAUUGAGUAUUAAACCAAUUGAUCACCAAUACAUUUCUCAAGUUCUUUCGAGAAAAGACUGGUUUUUGUUGCUAAACCACGAGGUCAAGGUGGGGAGGAUCGUUUUGAAUCCUCAGUUUGUGGUGAGUCUCUUGCAAAACCAAGAAAACCCAUUACACCCUUUGAAAUUUUAUAUCUGGGUUUCGAAUAUCGACCCCUCAUUUGCAAAGAAUCAUGCUGUUCGGGGUGUUCUAGCUAAGACCCUUUAUCGGAAUGGUCCGGUUGUUUUGUCUGUUGAAUUGCUUCAGGAUAUUAGGAAUUCUGGUUUCCGGGUUUCGGAAGACCUGCUUGUUAUAUUGAUUGGUGGUUGGGGGAGAUUGGGAUUGGCGAAAUAUUGUGCUGAAGUCUUUGGCCAAAUUUCGUUUUUGGGUCUUAGUCCAACCACAAGGUUGUAUAAUGCUGUGAUAGAUGCAUUGGUGAAAUCCAAUUCACUUGACUUGGCAUAUUUGAAAUUCCAACAGAUGACGGCUGAUAAUUGCAACCCAGAUAGGUUCACAUAUAAUAUUCUAAUUAAUGGGGUUUGCAAGAUUGGUGUUGUAGAUGAGGCGCUUCGUUUGGUUAAACAGAUGGAAGUCUUAGGAUAUUCACCGAAUGUGUUCACGUAUACCAUAUUGAUUGAUGGGUUCUGUAAUGCAAAAAGGGUUGAUGAAGCUUUCAGGCUUAUAGACAUGAUGAAGGAGAGGAAUGUGAGUCCAAGUGAUGCUACUAUUAGAUCAUUGGUUCAUGGGGUGUUUCGCUGUGUAGCUCCUAAUAAGGCUUUUGAGUUGUUAUCAAGAUUUGUCGAGAGGGAGCUGGUCUUGUCCAAGUUAGCUUAUGAUACUAUACUGUAUUGCCUCUCAAAUAAAUCUAUGGCAGGAGAGGCUGCCAUGUUUUUAAGAAGUUGUGGGGCAAAAGGUUAUUUGCCUGACAGUUCAUUGUUUAAUAUCACAAUGGCUUGUCUGAUAAAGGGUUUAGAUUUGAAUGAGACAUGUGAGAUAUUUAGAAGUUUCAUAGAGCGAGGUGUGAAGCCAGGGUUUAAUACUUAUCUUGCACUAAUUGAAGCUACAUACAAGGCCGGAAGAAGUGACGAGGGGAAUUGUUUUUUGGAUCAAAUGGUCAAGAAUGGACUUGUAUCCAAUGUCUUUUGUUAUAAUAUGGUUAUCAAUUGCUUUUGUAAAGAAAAUAAGAUGGAGAGGGCAUCUGAGACUCUCAGAGACAUGCAGCACAGGGGAAUUGCUCCUAACAUUGUCACUUUCAAUACCCUUAUUAGUGGGUAUUGCAGGGAUGGAGACAUGUGUAAGGCACGUGAACUUAUGGUGAUGCUUUUAGAACAUGGAUACAAACCUGAUAUCUUCACAUUUAAUUCAAUAAUAGAUGGCCUUUGUCGAGUACACCAGAUUGGGGAUGCUUUUGCUUGUUUCACUGAAAUGGUUGAGUGGGGUGUCACUCCAAAUGCUGUCACAUAUAAUAUACUGAUCCGCUCUUUGUGUAUCAUUGGGGAUGUCACCAGAUCAAUUAAACUUUUAAGAAAGAUGCAAGCCAAUGGAAUAGACCCAGACACUUUCUCGGUCAAUGCUCUUAUUCAAAGUUUUUGCAGGCUAAAUAAGCUUGAGAAAGCUGAGAAGCUUUUUAAUUCCAUGAUGACAAUAGGUUUAAAUCCUGAUAACUAUACAUACAGUACUAUGAUUAAGGCAUUUUGUGAAUGUGGGAGAGUGGAUGAAGCUAAGGAGAUGUUCCACUCCAUGGAAGCGAAUGGUUGUCUUCCUGAUUCUUAUACAUGUAACUUAAUGUUGGAAACUCUGGUUCGGCUAGCCCACUUUGAAGAAGCUCGAAAUUUGGUAAAGAUGUGUAGUGAAAUGGGAAUCUCUUUGAAAUCCAAUCCUAACUUGUAGGUCAGGGUUGUUAUGGUUCAUUAGUCCAUGUUGCUUUGUUGAGAUGUGGCUGUGAUGGCAUAUGCAUCUGUAAAGCUUUGGGCUGCUGUCGGUCUUAUUGUAUUGGUGGAAUUAAGUGCAGAGAAGCUUAAAUCUGGUUGUUUUGGCGUUGGCUGAAACAAUUGUGAAUUGUUUCCCAGUCUGGUGACAUUGGAUCAGAGGAGGAAAUAGGUGGCCAGAAGAUUACCUUUGGACAUCAGUGUGUGCCUCUCUCCCAAUUUAUCUGCUCAUGUCUAAUGCUUGUGACUAUCAAAGGAAAGAGCUCAAAAUGGACAGUACUGUUUGGGGUAGUGAGAGACAUGUUACCCUAUUUGGCCCCAUAUAGAAGCAGAAAAAUGAAGUAGUUUUGAUAAAAUCUAUGGCAGGCAAUUGGAGUAGUGCUUUGUCAAGUGAAUUUCAGGUGCUCAGACGACUGGCCAAAAUGCAACCUAAUUCAUUGACUUUCACAUGCAGUUGGGAUUAUCCCUUUUUUCUAACGGCAUUUUGAAACAUGUUUGCUUGAUUAUUUGUAAAUUUAUAUUUAGGAAUUAAUGGAAGCACAAAUUCCAUAUGUUCACAAA